GGAAACGACUGCACAGCCAGCACCUCCCGGCUACUCCCCUCACUACACCCGGCUCUGCAGACAGGCCACAACAUGGCGCCCACACUCACUCUUCCUCCUGGAGAGCAGGCGGUAGGCUUUCUGUGGGAGGUGACAGUGGUGGCAUGAAGCCUGUCCUCCUCCUUCUGCACUGUCCCUGAAGAUGAUGGAGAGGUUGGGCACCGAGAUGGGAGACUCUGAAGAUGUGGCAUCUCCUGCUAGAGAUGCAGCAGAGGCGGAGAGCAGCAGUGGUGUGGAGCUGAGUGGGGUGAAUGAGGGGGCGGCCCCCAGCCCCCCCCCUAGAGCUGUGCCGGUGAUUGAGCUGCUCAGGAGGGGGGAGGGAUCCACCAAUAUAAAGGCCAGAGAGCAGGAACUGAGACUACAAAGCUUGAGGACCACCGAACUGUGCAGAGCCCCUCUAACUCCAACCACAGAGCUCUGCAGAGCACCCCUACCUGCAACUACUGAGCUGUGCAGAGCCCCCCUAAUUGCAACUACUGAGCUCUGCAGAGCCCCCCUGACUCCAGCCACAGAUCUCUGCAGAACCCCGCUGACUCCAGCCACAGAUCUCUGCAGAACCCCCCUGCCUGCAACCACAGAUCUCUGCAGAACCCCCCUGACUGCAACCACAGAGCUCUGCAGAACCCCCCUGACUGCAACCACAGAGCUCUGCAGAACCCCACUUCCAGUUCCUGGACCACCUCUGACUGCAACCACAGAACUCUGCAGACCCCCAAUUCCACUGACUGGACCACAAGCUGAGCAAGCCUCUGAAGCUCGAAUGGUGCAGCUGAGUCCUCCAGAUAACCUCCCCUUGCAAACAGCUGGCAGAGCCAUGUUGUAUGGAUUGAGUCAGCCUCUGACCCCAGGAAACAGUGGCUACUUUGACGAGACGGAAACCUUUCCAAUGUACAAUAAUAAUGUGAGGGUCAAGAGGCGGACAGGGCCGUAUGAAGUGGAAGUUACGGAAGGAGGUCCUCAUACAAAGGUGGUCCGUCGCAUCUUCACAAACAGCCGGGAACGAUGGAGACAGCAAAAUGUCAAUGGAGCUUUUGCUGAGCUCCGAAAACUGAUCCCAACUCAUCCUCCAGACAAGAAGCUAAGCAAGAACGAAAUCUUACGCCUGGCCAUGAAAUACAUUAACUUCCUUGCUAAACUUCUUGACGACCAAGAAGAAGAAGAAGGCAGCCAAAGGAGCAAAAUAAGUAAAGAUAAUGGUAUGGUCCAGCAAGAUCUUCUGCAGGACAUGCUGUCUCCAAACUCCAGCUGUGGAAGUUCUUUAGAUGGGGCGCCGAGUCCUGACAGCUUUUCAGAAGAUCACGACACAAUGGACUCCAAACACAACAGAAAUCUGCACCAGGCCAUGCUCCCCAUAGAAAGCAACGGGCAGCGGUGACAGUGCUGUAGAACACUCUACUGACUGUCUCUUGACUGUGACACAUGGUUUGGGGCCCUUUUCUGUAUUUUCUGUGUUUAUUCACAUGGGAUGACAAGACAAUAUGCAUCUUAAAGGUACCCUGACAACACCCCUCAAAAUUCUGAGCACCGAAACCACAUCUAUCAUGGAGGCACGAGGAAGAGGAUGUCUUGAUGAAGUCAUGAUGUUCUACUUCUUCCCACCUUGAAAUGGCUUGGCCUAUCUGAAAUCCUGGACAUGCCACACCUAUAUAUUUGGACCCGCAUUUCUACAACCAUGUCAGACAGGUCACCCCAAUGACUCGACCAUGAAAUGAGCAGCGAAAAUUUUUAAUUUAAAAGAUGAUCCUAUUUUUUGGAGCAAAUGGGAAGAACUUUGGCUUUUCAGAUGCUAAAUUACAUAAAAUAGGUAAUAUUCAAGGGAAGAAAUAUGCAACACUGGUGACUUACACCCAAGUGUUGGGACUUUCUUGUUUUUUUUAAAUUGGUACCUAAUAAAAAUAAGGUACAAUAUAUAGAUAUGAAUAUAUACAUUUAUUUCUGAAGUGUGCAGUUGGCAUCAGUAUUUUUACUAUUUAUAAUGGGGCAACAGAAUGUUAUUUGAUGUGACUACAAUAUUGGGUUAUAUUCAUUUAGGCUUUUUGGUAGGUUUGAUUGGUUGGUUUAUUUUUUAUAUAUAUAUAUAUAUAUAUAUAUGCCUAUACAUGGGUCAGAAUGUCCCGCUUUUAUUCAGCGUGCGUCUUCAGUGAAAUAAUAAUCAGGCAUAGAUACAAGAUAUACAUAAAAAUCGAAUUCUUCUGUAACUCAUGACAACUAUACAGAC